UUUUGUUCAGCUUCAUGGUGAAAGUGUUGUAAAUGAGAGGCAAGUGUGUGAAAGAGUAGAAUGAGUGGACAAAGUGCAUCAAAUAUCAGCAUGGAUUCAUCAGAGAGACGCCCGGACGUUGAGGCAAAGAGGGCAACACCUGCAGAUCCAGCGUCCCCUCGAACCUGUCGUCUGACAUCUGGGAUGGUUGUUGCCGUGGCAACUGUGGUCCUGAUUGGGCUCCUUUUGCCCUUGGUGUUAUUUGUCAUGUGGAUGGCAGCACCACAAGUGGCUCAGACCUCUGGGACUUCAGGACAGGAGCUGGUGGAGCGACUGCAGCAGUGCCAGAAUGGGCUCCGUGAUCUGAACCUGAUGCUCCACACCGCCACUCAAGACUCCAGAUGCCGUUUGUGUCCAGGCGGCUGGCUGUGGUGGAGGGGUCACUGCUACUUCUUCUCAGUGGGACUUGAGGAAAAUCGUCAGUGGAACGCAAGCGCCGAGUUCUGCCAGCUGCACAACAGCAGUCUGGCUGUGAUCAAAGACCCCGCAGAGAUGGAGUUCAUCCAAGGUGUGAUGAGGAAGUUCUCUCGGUUCCCAUUUCUGUGGGUGGGACUGACAGACUCCCAGCAGGAGGGUCGGUGGCUGUGGUGGGACGGGACGGACAUCCAGCGCUACAUGCCGGUGACGGUGGAGUUCGACUCUGAACACAGAGACUGUGCUGACCUGAGGGGGGGUGGGAGGCUCUUCGCUGUCGACUGUGAAGCCUACGGACCUUGGGCUUGUAAGAGAGCGUCCUGACAGCCAGCACACAGACCCACACGCAGUUUAGAGUUCUUUAUCUACAAUGUGCCGACAAAAGACUGAUGUUUUUCAUCUUCUUCAGUCCAAACAUUUGUUACAUUAUUUAGCACUUCUCCAGCCACACCUCCUCAUGCAAAGCUAGAUUUUUUUGCAUGAAAACGUGUCCAGAGACCUUUACAUCUCUAAAUAAUUUUCCUCCGUGAAAAGUUUAUGGAAAAACAAAUUAAUGACCCACCCUGCGUUAUGUACAUGAUAUAUACACAAUGUUUAUGUGCAUAUCAAAAAGUGCAUUGAAGUGCAGUGAUGUAAGUAGAUGCAGAAUGUUUCCACAUUUUUGUGUCUACCUCUCAAUAUCUAAUA